AUGGGUCAGUUUUGACCCAUAUGACAAGGGGAGAAACCAGAAUGUUAAAACCACAUAAGGAUUAAAGAACUGUGGAAAGUGAGCUUCAGUGGGCAUUUUAACCGUUUUUUCAGAGUAUUUUGAACAAAAUCUGAAGGUUAAAGGAAAAACCCUUUCCUUUGAGAGAAAGUGGAAGCUUUCCACAAAGUUGUUUUCUGGUGCUGCAGUGGCCUAAAUAAGAUGAUUAUCCACCAAAGCACACAGGAGAGUAAUCCAUAAAUACUGCCUGCGUUACCUGAUGGCUUUGUCCUAACGGUAAGGAUCUCAUAGGCUAUUUCACCUAACUCCUCCCUCACGUCUAAGUUUAAAGGUUUAGUCCAACUCUUUUCAGUCGGAAGGGAGAAAGUAAUAUUCUGAAAACUUGAAGCGUGGUUUUCUGAAGGCUGGAGUCCCGCGUAAAGUCACACGGCGGCGGUAAGGAUGCUGGGCACUGCCCUUUACGCAUGAGCUCCGUGACGGCACGCUGUAGGCGCACAGCCGCAGUCUCUUGCGUGUCCGUUCGUGGCUUGCGCAAAGAUGGAUGGAAGAAAAGAGUGCGUCCGCCGCUAGCUUUGACUCACACUUUUUCAUCUAAAGAAGCUGAGAAGCUCGCGUGAGGAUCGGUUUCUGGAGUUCUUUUUUUUUCUUUUUUGUUUUUUUCGCGGUUGCUUGUCGUCAUUCCAAUGGAUAUUUACGCAUCUGCUUUGUCACCGGCGCUGGACAUCGGAACCGGCUGCUACCUUCUGGUGUUAACUGUUUUGUCCAUCAUAGGAAACCUGCUCGUUGUCAUCAUGGCCUUCAAAAGGUCGUCGAGGAUGAAGCCACCGGAGCUGCUCAGCGUGAAUCUGGCUCUGACUGACCUGGGAGCGGCUGUCUUCAUGUACCCUCUGGCUGUGGCUUCUGCCUGGAGUCACCACUGGUUGGGCGGCGACGUUUCCUGCAUUUACUACGGCUUAGCCGGCUUCUUCUUCGGUAGUGCGAGCGUCAUGAACCUCACCGCUUUGGCCGUGGUGCGCUUCAUCGUGUCGCUCAACCUGCACUCUCCCAAGGAGAAAGUCAGUUGGAGGAAGGUGAAGAUCCUGUGCCUGUGGUCCUGGCUGUACGCCCUCAUAUGGGCCCUGUUUCCUAUCCUGGGCUGGGGGCGGUACGGCCCGGAGCCCUUCGGGCUGUCCUGCUCUCUGGCCUGGGGGGAGAUGAAACAAGAAGGCCCCUCUUUCGUCAUUUCCCUCUUUUCCUUCAACCUGGUCCUGCCCAGCGUGGUCAUCAUCUGUUGCUACUUUGGCAUCGCCAUGAAGCUUUACUUCACCUACAAAAAGUCGGCCAACAGCAACCACGUCCCCAAUAUCAUCAAACUCCACCGGCGGCUGUUGAUCAUUGCCAUUUUGAUCAGCAUAGGUUUCAUAGGCUGCUGGACGCCAUACGGGUUGGUAAGCCUUUGGUCCAUUUUCAAUGACAGUAGCAAAAUCCCACCUGAGGUCAGUCUGCUGCCCUGCAUGUUCGCAAAGAGCUCCACUGUGUACAAUCCCAUGAUCUACUACUUCUUCAGCAAGAGCUUCCAAAGGGAAGUGAAGCAGCUGUCGUGGCUGUGCGUCGGCUCCAACCCGUGCCACGUCUCCAACAGCGUGAACGACAACAACAUCUACAUGGUCAGCGUGAACGUCAAAUCCAAGGAAACGCGGCGGGAAACUUUGCAGGAGAUCACAGAGUCGAGACAGUGACACACUUUACUCCCUAGAGAGUACGGUAUAUUUUUCAAGAACUGACUUUGGGUCAAAUGACUAUUAGUUUAAAGCGAUGUGUGGUUUCAAUGGAAGGUCAGGAGAGUGCAGAAGCACGCCAUUAUUGUGGUGAAUGUCAAGACUGCACAACAAAAAUAGUGAGAAGCAUUCAUGCGUGGAGUCGACAGCACCUGUACAUCCCUGCACCCCUGGAAAGGAGAAACACUUGAUGUUGAGUGUUAACAAGUGUGACCAUUUCUUUUUUAUUACCAUUAGUUAAAUCUUAAAACAAAAUCAAAAGGAGGCUGAAAGAUAUAUUUGAGGUAAAAAGAAACUGGAAAAACAUCUAAGCCGUCACUGUGUAGUUUUUAUGUGAGCGGAGAAAAACAGUUCUGUAUUCCAGUUGGGUUUUUCUGCUUGUCCUACCUUUCGACUGAUGACUUUAAAGGUCAAGUAAGCGUCUCUUCAGAAUCAUUUGAUGGUAAAAAUGGCUUUUGUGCUUUCCCCCUGGCUCAUAUGAAUACGUCCAGCAUGCGAAAUGACUUUCACAAGCGGUCUUAUAUCCUGUUGCCGUGUCCUGCUCUAUUUCCACAUUGUUACGCAUUUAACACGCUGCUUUUCAUCCAUCCUGCCAUCAGAAGACUUCUUCGAGUGCGUCUGGUCGGCAGAACCUACGUUUUUCUUUCAGACGUUAAGAACAAACACUCGGAUUGCUUUUGGUCUAAAAUGGCAUGUUGGAAACGAGUGUUUAGUUUUGUCAAUAAGUGGCCUUAUUGCUUCUGUCACAGGUUUGUCAUCAAAUGUCCUUGUCGAUCGCUGUCAUCUAAUGCUUGUCGUCGGUUUAAGGUCAGCAUGUUGAGUGUUGUUUUUGAGUGAACUGCUGGGCUGUGUGACCUUUUGAACCCUAGUGAUACUUAAACCUGUGAAAAUUGGACACACACACCUCCUACGGAUCCACAAAGCAGGCAUGUUUUUAAUUCCUUUUCUUUGGUUUAACAAAAAGGAAUAAAAUCUGCUAGAUAAAUAAGAAUUGCAGGUCAAUUUUCCUUAAAUUUACCCCCCCAGGAGAAGAAAACUGGAGGCUCCGCUUUGAUCGUUGAUGUCAUUGCCUGUUGUGAUGCUUGAAAGUCUAACUCUUGAUGUUUUACACCAAAUGAACCAUUGUUUUUUUAUGGUAAAAUGUAAAUUGUUUGUAUUUAAAUUGAGAAAAUGUCAUAUAAAAGGUUCAAUAAC